GGCACCGACUGACAGCCAGCAGUCCGAGCUGUCAAGUGCACGCGGAGAGAGGUUCGAAGAAAAAUUUUCCAAACAAUUGCAUCAUAACUUUUUUCCAGUCGAACGGUGCGUGGUCCAUUGUGUCCGUGUGUAGUAAAACUCGCAGUGAAAAAUGUUGAAGGCAGCCCGAUACAUCUCCCGCACGCUGGUGGAAAACCGCGGAUUGUUACACAAUGGAGGAGCUGGACCCAAUAAUGUGCUGGCCCGUUUCAAAUCGGACCAGGUUAAGGGUGCCGUCAUCGGUAUCGAUUUGGGCACCACAAACUCCUGCGUCGCGGUGAUGGAGGGCAAAAAUGCCAAGGUCAUCGAGAAUGCGGAAGGUGCCCGUACCACACCGUCACAUGUUGCAUUCACAAAGGAUGGAGAACGGUUGGUCGGUAUGCCGGCCAAGCGUCAGGCGGUGACCAACUCGGCCAACACAUUCUACGCCACGAAGCGACUGAUCGGUCGUCGGUUUGACGAUGCGGAAAUCAAGAAGGAUCUGGCUAACCUGUCGUACAAGGUGAUCAAGGCCUCGAACGGUGAUGCUUGGGUGCAGGGAAGCGACGGCAAGGUGUACUCCCCCAGCCAGAUCGGUGCGUUCGUGCUGAUGAAGAUGCGUGAAACGGCCGAAGCGUACCUGAACACACCGGUCAAGAAUGCCGUCAUUACCGUGCCGGCAUACUUUAACGAUUCUCAGCGACAGGCGACGAAGGAUGCGGGUCAGAUUGCCGGUUUGAAUGUGUUGCGUGUGAUCAACGAACCGACGGCCGCGGCACUGGCGUACGGUAUGGACAAGAGCGAGGAUAAGAUCAUUGCCGUGUACGAUCUUGGCGGUGGUACGUUCGAUAUUUCCAUCCUCGAGAUCCAGAAGGGUGUGUUCGAGGUCAAGUCGACCAACGGUGACACGCUGCUCGGUGGUGAGGAUUUCGAUAAUCACAUCCUGAACUAUCUGGCGCAAGAGUUCAAGAAGGAUCAGGGCAUCGACAUCAAGAAGGACGCAAUGGCUAUGCAGCGACUGAAGGAGGCGGCCGAAAAGGCCAAGUGCGAGCUGUCGUCGUCGGUGCAGACGGAUAUCAAUCUGCCGUACCUCACGAUGGAUGCCUCGGGACCGAAACAUUUGAAUCUGAAGCUAACGCGCGCCAAGCUGGAAACGUUGGUUGGUGAUCUGAUCAAGCGCACGAUUGCGCCCUGCCAGAAGGCGAUGUCGGAUGCGGAAGUGAACAAGUCGGACAUCGGUGAGGUGCUGCUGGUCGGUGGCAUGACCCGUAUGCCGAAGGUGCAAACGCUGGUGCAGGAAGUGUUCGGACGUCAGCCGUCGCGUGCCGUAAAUCCGGACGAAGCCGUUGCCGUCGGUGCGGCCGUUCAGGGCGGUGUGUUGGCCGGUGACGUGACAGAUGUGCUGCUGCUCGACGUUACACCGCUGUCGCUCGGUAUCGAAACGCUUGGCGGUGUGUUUACGCGCCUCAUCAACCGCAACACAACCAUUCCGACGAAGAAAUCGCAGGUGUUCUCCACCGCCGCCGACGGACAGACGCAGGUGGAAAUCAAGGUGCACCAGGGUGAGCGUGAGAUGGCUACCGACAACAAGAUGCUCGGUUCGUUUACGCUCGUGGGCAUUCCGCCGGCACCGCGUGGUGUGCCACAGAUUGAGGUCGUGUUCGAUAUCGAUGCGAACGGCAUUGUGCACGUUUCCGCGCGCGACAAGGGAACGGGCAAGGAACAGCAGAUUGUUAUCCAAUCUUCGGGCGGUUUGAGCAAGGACGAAAUCGAAAACAUGAUCAAGAACGCGGAACAGUACGCACAGGCCGACAAACAGAAGAAGGAGCGUAUCGAGGCGGUCAAUCAGGCCGAAGGUAUUGUGCACGACACGGAAACGAAGAUGGAGGAGUUCAAGGAUCAGCUGCCAAAGGAAGAGUGCGACAAACUCCGGGAAGAAAUUGCAAAGGUGCGGGAAAUCUUGGCAAACAAGGACGAAGCCGAUCCGGAGGAAGUUCGCAAAACUACCAGCGCGCUGCAGCAGUCGUCUCUGAAGCUGUUCGAAAUGGCAUACAAGAAGAUGGCAUCCGAGCGCGAGGGCAGCAGUGGCAGCAGCAGUAGCAGUAGUGGCAGCAGUAGCUCCGGCACCGAGGAGGCAGAGAAGAAGGAGAACAAAAACUAAACAAAUUUGCAGUAACAAAACAAAGACUCAAUUCGCCACCAACAUUUAGCAGCAAGGACACACGCAGACGACACAGCAGACAGACACUGAAACAUCAUAAUAUAUAGGAGUAGAGUAGUCGCCGCCGCCGUUAUAUUCGUUACGAUUACCAAACCUGAACAGAAUAAACAGUCUGGACAGCAUAAAUGAGAAAUGUACACUUAUACCAUCCGCAUACCAACGAACGAAUUGCCCCUACGAUCUUCCUCAAGACCCCAGUGAACUCUGUCCGUCUGUCUGCCAGCAGCAUCUUAUCAUGUUUUGAUUGAUCUGUCCGGUUCAUUGUGUGUGUCCGUCUGCGCACUACAAAUCUGUAAAAGAAAUCCUUCGACAGGCGGCAACGAGCGAUCGUGUGUGUUGCUGUAGCGUAGUUGUUAUCUGUAUUAGUCUGUAAUCGUACCUUCAUUUCUGCUCGAUGCAUCGCCCGGUUUGGCUUAACAUUAAAUGAACGGCGGAGCGGAACCGCACAAAGCGAUGAGAGUAGAUCGCAUUUUACGGUGGGAGCGCAAGGGCUCAAUAGCAUAAAAUAUUUUUGUGCUCGACGUUGGACGGUUGGAUUUGGGGCAUUAGUUCGUAACGCUCUCGCCACGGAAUUCGCAAUAGAGGUUCGCAGUUAGCGUUAGAGUUGCAGAAGAGUUCAGGAAAUGUGUUUUGCGUGAAAUUGUAUUACGUUCGCGAGCCAUUUUAUUUUCUGCUUUCGUGUACUCUCGAGCUCUCGAUUAAAUGGGGGGAAGGCGCGUGUAAGGAAUUAUGAACUAAGUAGAGUUUUAGUCAAUGUUUUUGUUUUUUUUAAAGGUUCUUCUCCUUAGUUGCAAAAUAAAAUUAUAACAUUCUUAAGCUA